AUGUCUGCUGACGAAUCUAUGGUUGAUCCAUAUGGAUAUGAUGAAGAAAUUGAAACUAUCACUCAAGAAGAUUGUUGGACUGUGAUUUCAUCAUUUUUCCAAGAGAAAGGUUUAGUAUCUCAACAACUUGAUUCCUUUGAUGAAUUUGUUGAAACUAGUAUUCAAGAAUUAGUUUGGGAAGAUUCACAUUUAAUUUUGGAUCAACCAGCACAACAUACUUCAGUAGCUGAUCAUAAAAACAAACGUUAUGAAAUUGAAUUUGGGAAAAUUUAUAUUUCUAAAACAUCCCAAACUGAAGGUGAUGGUACUACUCAUUCUGUGUUCCCACAAGAAGCAAGACUUCGUAAUUUAACUUAUUCAUCCCCUUUAUAUGUUGAUAUGACAAAAAGAAAAUUUGAAUCUGAUGACAAUAAAAGAAAAGAUAAUGAAUUAGAAUGGGAAGAAAUUGAAGUUGAUGAUAAAGAAGGACCACAAAGUAAAGUUUUCUUGGGUAAAGUUCCUAUUAUGUUAAGAUCUAAAUUUUGUAUGUUGAAUGGUUUAGCAGAACAUGAAUUUUAUGAAUUAAAAGAAUGUCCUUAUGAUAUGGGUGGUUAUUUUGUUAUUAAUGGUUCAGAAAAGGUUUUAAUUGCUCAAGAAAGAAGUGCAGCCAAUAUUGUUCAAGUUUUCAAAAAAGCAGCCCCAUCUCCUAUUUCUCAUGUUGCCGAGAUUAGAUCUGCACUUGAAAAGGGUUCAAGAUUGAUUUCUUCUAUGCAAAUUAAAUUAUACGGUAGGGAUGAAAAGGGUGUUGCUGGAAGAACUAUAAAAGCAACUUUACCAUAUAUUAAAGAAGAUAUUCCAAUAGUCAUUGUGUUUAGAGCAUUGGGUGUUGUUCCAGAUGGUGAUAUUUUGGAACAUAUCUGUUAUGAUGCCAAUGAUUGGCAAAUGUUGGAAAUGUUGAAACCUUGUGUCGAAGAAGGUUUCGUUAUUCAAGAGAGAGAAGUUGCCCUUGAUUUCAUUGGUAGAAGAGGUGUUUUGGGUAUUAGAAGAGAAAAACGUAUACAAUAUGCUAAGGAUAUUCUUCAGAAAGAAUUAUUACCAAAUAUCACCCAAGAAGAAGGGUUUGAAACCAGAAAGGCAUUUUUCUUGGGUUACAUGGUCAACAGAUUAUUAUUGUGUGCAUUGGAAAGAAAAGAACCAGAUGAUAGAGAUCAUUUUGGUAAAAAGAGAUUGGAUUUAGCUGGUCCAUUGUUGGCUGGUUUGUUCCGUAUUUUAUUCAAAAAAUUAACAAAAGAUAUUUACAACUAUAUGCAAAGAUGUGUUGAAAAUGACAGUGACUUCAAUCUUACGUUGGCUGUUAAAUCACAAACUAUUACUGACGGUUUAAGAUAUUCUUUGGCUACUGGUAACUGGGGUGAACAAAGAAAAGCCAUGAGUUCAAGAGCUGGUGUCUCCCAAGUUUUGAAUCGUUAUACUUACUCUUCUACAUUGUCACAUUUAAGAAGAACCAAUACUCCAAUUGGUAGGGAUGGUAAGAUUGCCAAACCUAGACAAUUGCAUAAUACCCAUUGGGGUUUGGUGUGUCCUGCAGAAACUCCCGAAGGUCAAGCGUGUGGUUUGGUUAAGAAUUUAUCAUUGAUGACUUGUAUUUCUGUUGGGUCUUCAUCCGAACCAAUUUUGGGUUUCUUGAGAGAUUUCGGUUUAGAAGUCUUGGAAGAUUAUGUUCCAUCCAAUGCUCCAGAUUCCACUAGAAUUUUCGUCAAUGGUGUUUGGGUUGGUGUUCACAGAGAUCCAGCACAAUUGGUUGAUUAUGUUCGUGAUCUUAGAAGAAGUGGUGAUAUUUCUCCAGAAGUUUCCAUCAUUAGAGAUAUUAGAGAAAAAGAAUUUAAAAUCUUUACCGAUGCUGGUCGUGUUUACCGUCCACUUUUCAUUGUUGAUGAUAAUGAAGAUUCUCCAACUAAAGGUGACUUGAUGAUUACCAAAGAACAUAUUAGAAAAUUAGUUGCUGAAGAUAUGGAUGAUGAUGAACUAGAGGAAGAUGAAGAAGGAGGUGAAUCUAGAAAAUACACAUGGUCUUCAUUGGUGAGUGAAGGUAUUGUUGAAUAUGUUGAUGCUGAAGAAGAAGAAACUAUAAUGAUUGCGAUGAGUCCUGACGAUGUCAAAGCAUCCAAGAGUACCAUGUCAGAAAGUGAACAACAAGAAUUACAAUUACAAGAACAAGAAUUGGAUCCAGCAAAGAGAAUUAAACCAACCACAAGCAGUAAUACUCACACAUAUACCCAUUGUGAAAUUCAUCCUUCUAUGAUUUUGGGUGUUGCUGCUUCUAUUAUUCCAUUCCCAGAUCAUAAUCAAUCACCACGUAAUACUUAUCAAUCUGCUAUGGGUAAGCAAGCUAUGGGUGUUUUCUUGACCAAUUAUUCUGUGAGAAUGGAUACCAUGGCCAAUAUCUUGUACUAUCCACAAAAACCAUUAGCCACCACUAGAUCUAUGGAGUACUUGAAAUUCCGUGAACUUCCAGCUGGUCAAAAUGCCGUUGUGGCAAUUGCAUGUUAUUCGGGUUAUAACCAAGAAGAUUCUAUGAUUAUGAAUCAAUCUUCAAUUGAUAGAGGUUUAUUCAGAUCAUUGUUCUUUAGAUCGUAUAUGGAUUUGGAAAAGAGACAAGGUAUGAAACUUCUUGAAACUUUUGAAAAACCUUCUAGAUCAGAUACUUUAAGAUUAAAACAUGGUACAUAUGAAAAAUUGGAUGAAGAUGGUUUAAUUGCACCUGGUAUCAGAGUCAGUGGUGAAGAUAUCAUUAUUGGUAAAACUACUCCAAUUCCUGCUGAUACUGAAGAAUUGGGUCAAAGAACACUUCAUCAUUCCAAGAGAGAUGCGUCUACUCCAUUAAGAAGUACAGAAUCUGGUAUUGUUGAUCAAGUCUUGUUAACUACCAAUGGUGAUGGUUCUAAAUUCGUCAAAGUUAGAAUGAGAACAACCAAGAUUCCGCAAAUUGGUGAUAAAUUUGCUUCUAGACAUGGUCAAAAGGGUACUAUUGGGGUUACUUAUAGACAUGAAGAUAUGCCAUUCAGUGCAGAAGGUAUUGUCCCAGAUUUGAUUAUCAACCCUCAUGCUAUUCCAUCCCGUAUGACAGUUGCGCAUUUGAUUGAAUGUUUAUUAUCAAAAGUUUCAUCCUUAUCUGGUUUUGAAGGGGAUGCCUCACCAUUUACCGACGUUACCGCUGAAGCUAUUGCCAAGUUGUUGAGAGAACACGGAUACCAAUCCAGAGGUUUUGAAGUGAUGUAUAAUGGUCAUACUGGUAAGAAGUUGAUGGCCCAAGUUUUCUUUGGUCCUACUUAUUAUCAAAGAUUGAGACAUAUGGUGGAUGAUAAGAUCCAUGCUAGAGCUAGAGGUCCAGUGCAAGUUUUGACAAGACAACCUGUUGAAGGUAGAUCCAGAGAUGGUGGUUUGCGUUUCGGUGAGAUGGAGAGAGAUUGUAUGAUUGCUCAUGGUGCAGCUGGUUUCUUGAAAGAAAGAUUGAUGGAAGCUUCUGAUGCAUUUAGAGUACAUGUUUGUGGAAUGUGUGGUUUAAUGUCUGUUAUUGCAAAUUUGAAGAAGAAUCAAUUUGAAUGUCGUUCCUGUAAAAAUAAAACCAAUAUUUAUCAAAUUCAUAUUCCAUAUGCUGCCAAAUUAUUAUUCCAAGAAUUGAUGGCCAUGAAUAUUUCUCCAAGAUUAUAUACUGAAAGAUCUGGGGUCAGUAUACGUGUAUAG